AUGUCCGCCUCGAUCGAAAACCUCAAGUCCUUCGACCCCUUCGCCGAAGCCGAUGAAGACACCGGAGAGAUAAAGCAGUCGAACCAGAGCAGCUACAUCCACAUUCGUAUCCAGCAGCGCAAUGGACGCAAGACCUUGACCACUGUUCAGGGACUCCCCAAGAAGUUCGAUCAGAAGAAGAUUCUCAAGGUCAUCAAGAAGGCCUUUGCUUGCAAUGGCACCAUCGUGAGCGACACCGAGAUGGGUGAAGUCAUCCAACUCCAGGGUGAUCAGAGAAAAGAUGUUCAGGAAUUCUUGUGUGACAAGAAGGAGGGCCUGGGUCUUGAUGCCAAGACCAUCAAGGUCCACGGUUUCUAA